CGCUCUUUCAGGCACAGGAAAGGUGUGCGCCCGCGGAGAAAGACGGAGCGAGCGGUGGUGGUGGAGUGGAGCACUCCGAGUGCCUCUCUCGCGGUUGAGGCCCCGGCAGUACGGCGCGUCGACGUCCGCCAGCCGGUCCGUGUGUUGCGAGCAGAGCAGGUACGCACACUCGUUCGCGCGUCGCCUCCUCUUCUUCUCGUUCUACGCUUAGACACGCCAUCGGCUCUUUAGCUUUUUCGAGAGAACCAUACACGUAGGGACCACUGUGCGCGUAGUGCGAGACCGUGUGUAUACCGCGUGACGCCAUGUGCCGCAACGCUCGGUCCCAAGCGCCCUGAGAGAUUUACCGAUCGAUUCUCGCGCUGCAGCUCCUUCCAGAGACCAAGACAGAAAGAGAGAGAGAGAUAGAAGUGUCAAGAGCUGUUCGCCAGUGCGAUAUUGUGCGGAGUACAGUGCCGGAGUACAUGUACCGUAGCGCGUACCGUAUUACACGCGCGAAGAGGACAUCGUCGCCGAGAGAGUGAGAGAGAGAGAGAGAGAGAGAGAGAGAGAGAGAGAGAGAGAGAGAGAGAGAGAGAGAGAGAGAGAGAGAGAGAGAGAGAGCUGCUGCUGCCGCGGGAGUAUUUCAUAGUGUGAAUAAAGCAGGGGGAGUCCGGAGGCAGAGGAGCGAGCGAGCGGCUGCUGCUGCUCUCUUCUAGCUCGCGAGCGCGGCUCUUCUCGGCAAGUGAUGGCCCUACGAGGGAGAAGCGGCAAGGAUGUCAAGAAGAGCUCGUACUACGUCUGGUAUUUGGGGGCGAGGGAGGCCAAGGGGGUGGACGCGAUGCCCAGUGCCAUAGAUUACCUCCUGGAGCGCGAACGGCUACAGGAGCCUUUCAAGGUCACGCUGCAGGUCAGCAGCAAAGGCCUGAAGAUCAUCCAGACAGUCCACCCUGGCGGCUCGACGAGGUCGGCGGUGAAGCACCUGGUACCAGGACACGCGGUGCUCGCGGCGGUGCAGCGCGAGGACGUCGUAGCGGCGACCCUUUUGCUGCCGAAUCCCGCCACCAACAAUCCCGUGCACGUGCACGCCUACAGAUGCGACUCGGUGGAGACGGCGGAACUGCUGGGAGGCCAGCUGAAGGUGCUGGCCUCGCACUCGGACAGCCUGGCGAGACUCGGAUCGCUGGACACGAGACUGCGCAGCAAUCUAGGAAGCGACGGCCGAAGCACCAGGGAGAGCGAGUCCUCCGAGGGCAGCGGUGAGCUCAGGCACGCGCCCAUCCAGUCGACCACGAUUUACGAGUCGCUCGCUGCCGAGCUCAGAGCUAAGCUGGGCAGGGGCAACUCCGAGAACGACACAGGCCCGAUACUCCUCCCUCCGCGCGACUACGACACGGUGCACCGACACCGGGGUAACCUGGCCGGAAUCGAGUUGCGCCGCUGUCUUAACCAGACGAUCGUCGGCAGCAACGGUAUCACACCGAUCGUCGAGCGAGGCGCUGGCACGAGGAGCGCCGCCAGCAGCGGAAUCGGCUCGGACAGCGCUGCGACGCCACCGCCAUAUCAGAGCCAUCAUCCGCUGGGCCCGAGGCCCACCAGGCCCACCAGAGAUUCGUCUUCCGACGAGGACUGGGGCGCACCGGCAGAAGAGCCGGACUACCUGGCGGACCGCGAGCCAACGAGCGUCACCCUUCCGCGUCUCGCCCGUAGUCCGGAGCGUUCGGUUCCGGCUCCCAUACCCGCCUCGCCCCUGAAGCAACAGCCACUUAGAGGAACUUCGCCGGUGGUCAACGGCACGGGCAGCAACAACAGGAUGCGCAAGAGCGCCGAGCACAGACAGAGGUCGCCGAGCCCCCAGUACCAGCCGAGACUGGCCCCGGGCGAAUCGCCGGCUAGUCCCCGGGAACGUUUCCACGAUGCCAAGGAAAUGUUCCGGCAGAUGGAACGCGAGGCUAUUGUCUCUAGGCCCAUCGUCGCCAGGCUCAACAGUCGACCGGAUACCAGACCCGUGCACAGAUCGGAGCCAGUCUCGCGUCAGUCAUCUCACGAGGCUGAACCGCCGGUACAAGCUCAGCUGCACCAGCGCGUCAGUCGCCAGCAGCAAUUCACGAGUCAGCCCCUGACCUCCUCGAGCCAGCAACAGCUACACGAGCGUCUGAUCCGCCGAGGAGCAAUGCCGCAUCAUCACGUGCCGGCCGUCGCACCUGCCGAAGACGAGGAACCGGCUGACCUGUCCUACAGAGCGAGACCCAGGCCCAGGACCCACUAUCAGACACCCGAGAGACCGAUAGUGCAGCAACAGUCCCAGGAGGAGGGCUCCAGGCCGAGACCGAGGAGCUUCUACGAGGUGCCCAUGGCCGCCAGGGAGCUCAGGGGUCCCAGGAACCCGAUCGAUUCCAGAGAGUACUCCCGAGGACUGCACUCCUCCCGCGAACAGCUUCUCCGGGACAAGCUGCAGCAGCGUCCGAGGCCCUUCACCUACGGCGAGCUCGCCGACAACGAGCGCUACCCUGGCCUGGACCGCGAGAGCGCCAGACCCGCCCUGGAGAUCGGCAACGGCCCCAGCACCAUCGACCGGCCCAUCGUCAACAACACACCGGCCAGAUACAGACACAGCUACGCCGAGCCCCCGAGACUCGGACUCGCCGCGCUGCAUCCGUACUAAGAAGACUCUUCGAACUGGCGAAGAGCGUAACGUGCUCUCUUUCGCUUUACGAACGAAAAAAGCGCGCAGAAAAGAGAGGGACAAUGAGAAUGCAGCGAUCGGGAAUCGAUUUCCGAAAUCGGCCAUUGUUCGGAAAUUUUCGAGGAGGAAAUCGUUAUUGCGGAAAUCCGACGCGACUGCGGUGUUGUGUACUUCCGUUUGCCUUUUUUUCUUAGCUCCGUACACUUCUUAUACCCUUGGCACGAGCGAGCGAGCGAGUCGAAGAAAGAGAGGCUUUCCAGUUGGAUGGCGCAAUGGCCGAGCGCGUUUGUAUUUUUUUGUGCGUCAGUCCGACUUUUACGACGACGAGUGCGCCGCCGUUAAUUGUCUGGGAUCUGUCACGAAACGGAUAUCGACGAUUAUGGCGAAUUAUGUAUUAUCGCGCAACCGAGAGAUCGAUCGGUUUUUUGCGGGCGGGUUUAUUGCUUGUUGGGUAAAUAUCAUCAUUAGGUAAUGGAGGGUCGGUGUUGAAUACAGUUACAAAAAAGUAGAAACGAUGCUGAGUUUUUGUACUGUGUGUGGGACUUGGAAUCUGUGAACGAAUGAACAAGCUCUCUUUCUGUAUCGACGUAGCAUUUUUUAAAGAAGAGAAAAAUGACGAAUGGAAAGUAUACAUCGAUGAUGAAGUUCAGUAACAAUGUUGAAAACUAAAUACUUUAUUAUCUUGAGAAUACUGUUGAGAAAAGCGUACUGAAAAAUCAGGUAUACCAGUGAAGAAGAUGCCUUACUAUAUGUACUUAUAAAAUUGUUAAAAAUGGACCAGUAUGCAAUAAAUAACGAAUUUAUGAAAAAAAAAAAAUCGCGCGGUUAAUAUACUUAAAAUAUCGCUGUAUAGCUAAUAAUCAACAAAACUGAAAAGUCUUGUCCGGUGGUUGCGCGCAUGUAACGUGUACGUUUUCUUUUUAAUUCAUUUUUUUACAAAUUUUUGCUAUCGUUUGUAAACGAUUACUGUAUAUUUAUUAUAUAUUAACCCGUUUAUUACGACCUGUAAUUAUGCUACACAACCAUAUGAUAAAGGACAAUAUUCAUCGUGCAGUAUGUGAACACAACAAUGAUAGUGUUUCGGACAUUUUCGCAUGAGCAUCGCGUCGGCGAAGUGAGAUUUGAAACAUUAUAAAUGGAUCGUUGCACGUUUCACAAAUGACACGCGUUGAAUGAUCAAUACAUAUACAUAUUAUGCUUGACGGAAUGAAAGGUGCCCAAGCAUUUUGCGAUAUAACUGAGUUGUUGUUAGAUAUUAUAGACGAGGAUCGUUAAUGAAUAUUUGUUUAUUAUGUUUUAUGUACAUGUAUAACUGUAAUUGCGAUUUCGUACUGGAUUAUAUCAUAUUGAAUCGUGCGUGCAAAGUAUCGAGGCACGGCCUAAACUAACGACUGUAUAAAACAAUAAAAGGGACAAUAAUCCGUU